GACCAGACUAUAGUAGUCCAUGUAUGCAACCAUUGGUGGCAAGCGCCAGCCCUUGGCCGAAACGCGCCAUGGGGGCUGCGCUGGGCGCCCGGCUGACGAUCCUCGUGGGAGCUGUCGCGGAAGAAGCGUACUUCCUGGGUCAGCGAGAGGGGGCGCUGCACUGCCUGGGCAGCUGCCAGCAGUGCCACCAGUCGCUGCAGCUGCUGCCGCGGAGGCGCCUUGAGGCCGCCCAGCACCACACUGAGCUGGCGGUGACUCGGCUUCAAGAUGUGGAGGCCUGGCUGGCGGCGCCGGAGGUGUGUGACCUCCUUCUGAUGUUCCCUGUGGACAUGCGCCGCGAGGCAUGGAGCCUGGCCGCCAUGCCAGCAGAGGAUUACCUGGCCUUCCGGGGCGCGGGCCAGGACAUGCAACGAACCGUGGAGUAUUGCCAAGCUCUGCAGCUGAUGUCUGUGUUUGCCUGGCAAGGUGCAGUACGUGCUCCUCAGAUGUGUGGGCAGGAUUCGGAUUGCCUUUCAACUGCCCGAGACACAGCGUUUGCUGUGCUGGCACGACGCUGGAAGGACCUGCGCGGUCCCGAGGCUCCCCCGGCCCCGUGGGCAGAGGUAGCUUUAGGCCGGAAUAGCACAGCGCAGCUGCUGCAGCAGCUGCUGUCUCUGGCAGAGGAAGCGUGGCAGGCCAAAGCCCAGGGCGAGGCAUUGCGCUCCCUGGCGGAUGGUGCUGCGGAGGCGGCGCUUGGAAACCUGGCCGUCCAGCUUGGCCGGAACGCACGGCUGGCCAUGGAACAUGCCCGCACCAUUUGGGGCCUCAAGCAGCUCAUGCUGGAGCUGUUUGAGGUGUAUCCGAAUCUGCAGGGGCAAAUGCCGAGCUUUCGCUUCCAGACGCGCUUCUACGGCAGGCAUUUCGAUGUCCUCGAGGCUCUGCUCGACAGCCUGGACAAGGGACAGGAGCUGAGAAUGGCAGAACUGGGCGUGGCCUGUGGCCCCGUGGGUUUGCACCUUUUGGCGCGCUUCCCCCAGUUGCGCUACUUUGGGGCAGAUCCUACGAUCAAGGAGGAGGUCAGAGACGCCUACAAGCCUUAUGCAGAUCGAGCCCAGCUGUUCGCAAGCACCAGCGAGGAGAUGCACAAACAGCUUGACGAUGUCAUGGACUUUGUCUUCAUUGAUGGCCCCCACACCUACGCCAAUGUGCGUAACGAUCUUCAUCUUUGGGAGGCUCGCGUGCGGCGAGGUGGCAUUGUAGCUGGCCACGACUUUACCAUCAGGCACCCGCCGCUGCUUUGGGCAGUGUCCGAGUACCGCAUGACCCACGAUGGUCCUUAUAUCAAUCUGGCAAUGGAUGGAGUUUGGUGGUGGCAAGUAGGUUGAAGCAACA